AGCGGUAACCUGAGAUGGACCAGCUCCUGCAGGCUGCGGAUCCUUGGCCCUAGCGCUAUCUGCCCCCGGGUCAUUCUCAUCCCUGUUGCAGAGAGAUAUCUCCCCACCCUCAAAUCUGUCCAGCCGCAGGACCCCCAGCGCUGGGCAAUUCCCCGCCUUGUCUCUAAAUGCCCGCAUCUCUUGGAUGGGGGUGGUAAGCAGAUGGGAUGUCAUUCGCUGGCGGCUCAGCCCAACCAUCUUCUCCUCUGUAAGGCUUUCAGAUCUCCCAAGCAAAAUGAGCCCUGUGGUCUUCUGUAUCCCUGGCUCCUCCGGUGAGGGCUGGAAGUUCAGGGCUCUGCACUGAGGCAUCAAAUUAGACCAUGGCCCCUAGUCCAUGGGACCAUGUAUGUGGGCUUCUGCUGCUGUUGCUUCUGCCACCCCUGGGGGCUGGGCCUGCACUGGGCAGGGACCUUCCCAGGCCAUUUGAGGACUCAGAACCCCACCUGAUUCCAUCACAGCACCAGAUCUUUGACCUCCUCUGGGAAAAGCCCAGAAAUGAGAGUCCCUGGCAAACUGACACCCCACAGACCCCUGCUGAAGGCUCUGAGAAGUCUAUAGACACUCCCCUGAGCCCAGCCUUGCAUGGACCCAAAGCAGCCCCUGCACCCCAGAGAAAACAAGUCCCAGUAGCUGAUGACCUGCAGCUGGCCAGAGGGCCCAGCUCCCAGGGUUGGACAGGGCUUCCUGAUUCCCAGGAGCUCCCAGAGACAGAAGACCCCCACCCAGUGGGGACCCCCCACCUCUCUUUCAUCCCCACAACUCCAAGACUUCAACUCAGGGUGGCCACAGUUGCCCCUUCCACACAGGAGACCAGAGACCCAACAGGACAGCAACCAGCUAGAGAUGAGAGUCUGAAGGCCAAAGCCAAAACCACGGUCCAACAGUAUUCCUCCCUGGACCACCAGGGCCCUUAUCACACUCUUGUGCCCCAGGAAGGUACUAUCAGGAGGCCAGUGCUAGAGGAACAGGGUGGGCAUGAAGAGAACUUCCAGGAGGUUGCCCAAGGCCCCAUCUUUACAAAGCAGGAUCCAGUGGUCCCCAAGGUUGGUUCAGCAUCCCCAAAUGAGGUGACAUCACCUCAGGAACCUGGGGUCCAGCCAGACCUGGUAUUGGCCAGAAGCCUUCCUCCUGCUGAGGAGCUGCCAGCUGAGCCCCUCCAUAAGGCAGGAGCUGGACAGACUUGGGAAGCCAGCUCCUUGAAUCCCACACCCAAGCAAACUGACCUCCCCAGUGAGCAAGAUACCCCAGGACCCCAGCCCACACCUUCCCCAACUUCUGAAGCUCCUGACAGACAGCUGGGACCAGCAAUAGCAGCAAUGAAUGGAGCAGAUCCUAUCUCUCCCCAGCGGGUGAGAGGAGCAGUGGAGGACCCAGGCACCUCCAAGUCCCUCAUCCCUGGUCUCGCAAACCCUGGCCCAGCUACAAAUGGAACAGAGGGACCUGUGAGGGAUCUGAAGCCAGAUGAAGCAGAGGAAUGGCCUGGACGCCCCCAAAGCCAUCCUCCAGCACCCCCAGUCCAGGCCCCCUCGACAUCACGCCGUGGCCUCAUUCGAGUCACUACUCAGAGAGCCCUGGGCCAGCCACCUCCUCCAGAGCCCUCAGCCAGCUCCAUGGCUUCAACCCCAGCUUCCAGUCCCUCAGCCAAUGGCACUGCGCCCCCUCUGCGCUGGGGACCCCUGCGUCGGGUGCUGAGUUUUUCCUGGGAGCUCCAUGUCUAUGGAGUGGGGAUACUCUUUAUGCUACCCGCGCUACUUGCGCUGGCCACGCUGGUAGCCGCCCUGGCAGGACCCCGAUUAGCCCUAGUGGCGGCUGUGCUGGUGCUGGUGGCUUCAGGGCUGCGAUCUGCCUACAUGCUCACCGAUCCUUAUGGCUCUCAGGCACGGCUGGGCGUACGUGCGGGCCUGGUGCUCUACAACCUUCCCUUCCCCUUGCUACUGUCGGCGCUCGCGGUCCUGACUCUGCUGGGCCUGGGAGCGGGGCUGCCACAGCCGCUGCAGAACCCGCUCCUGCUAGGAGCCUUGGAAUUGGUACAUGGCGCGGGAUUGCUGGCGACAGACCUGUUCUCCACAAAGCCGGUGCUCAACCUCCUAACCCAAGGCCUAUCUUGCGCCUGGGGCGCGUCCGUGGCUCUGGGUACCCUGUGUCUGUGUCGCCGCCGCCUGCUGGACGGCCCGCGGGGCUGGGACGCUACUCCGGGGCCUCGGCUGCUGGCCGUGGCGGGCUCGCUGGGUCUGCUCGCCAGCGGUUUGCAGUUGGCGGCCGCGCUCUGGCUGUACCCGGGGCCGGGCCGAGUGGGCCGCUUCUCGUGGGCCUGGUGGGGCGUCCACUUCUGGCUGCGUCUGUUGGAGCUGACGUGGGCCCUCGCCCUGGCAUUGGCUGCCCUGGCCGCCAUGCGCCCCAGGCCGCCCACGGAGCACGCUUGCUGGGCUAAGCUGCUGCGCCUGGCGUGCCCCGCGCCGUCGGGCAAGAGCGAGGUGCCCGAAAGACCCAAUAACUGCUACCCCGGGCCUAGUGGCGUCGGCACAGGCGGCUUGGACAUAAGCAAGAGUCUCAUCCGCAAUCCAGCGGAGAACGGGCUGCCUGCCACGCCCGGCUCCGGCGUCUGGGGCUCGGCGGCAUCGUUGGGCCGCGGUCGUCAAGGCGGUCCGGGCCUCUCCCGUAGCGGCGUGGGGCCGGCGCCGUCGCUGAGCGAGCUGGACCUGCGGCCCCCGUCGCCCAUCAACCUGAGUCGAAGCAUCGACGCGGCGCUCUUCCGAGAGCACCUGGUUCGCGACAGCGUGUUCCGGCGCUGUGGCCUGGCCUCCUCGCCGCUAGGGGGCGCUCUGCGGCCGCGCCGCGGGAGCCAAUCCGACGCCGACCUAGACGGCACGGGCACCUCCCUCCUCCGCGGCCGCUGCCGCUCGCUCAGCGACGUCUGCGUGCGCCGGCCCGUCCCGCAACAUGUCGUGGACCAGCCCGUCGGGGCGGCGGCUUCAGGAAGCUCCCUGGACAGCUUCUCCAGAGGCUCGCUCAAGAUCAGUUGGAACCCGUGGCGCCAUGGUCUUUCGUCGGUAGACAGUCUGCCCCUAGAAGAACUGCCUAGCACAGUGCAGCUAUUGCCCACCCCGACACCAGCUCUAGUCCCGGGUCCUCCCGCCCGGCCGCCCGGAGUGGAGGUGCCCCGCUGCAAGCCUGGAGACUCCCGCAGCGCCUCCAGUGACACCAUUGAGCUCUAAGUGGCCAUCUGGCUGGACCACGACCUUCUUCUGUAUGCCUACAUGGCUGACCAGGGCAGUUGACUGAAAAAGCUGGCCUUUCAGGACCUCUACCUGACUGCAGACCCUGCAAACAGCUGGGCUUGAAUUCUCUCCAUCCCUUUUUUUUUUUUUAAUAUCUCUAUUUUUUUCAGCCAAUAUUUUGCACAGAGGCUGUGAGUUACAUGGGAUACAGGGUGGAUGUGCAUGGAUUUGAGCAUGAGGGAUAGAGGCCAGGUGCCCCUGAAGCCCCACUGUGAAAAGAUGGCAUCUCACUUGUCCAGAUUGACUGUCCUCUUUGUGCCAAAGAAAUAAACCUUUCCUAUUUGGCUCAAGUCUCCCUCUGGUCAGGCCAGAAUCCUGUCGCAGAGGAGACAUAGGAGGCCCCUGUCCACCGAAUUCAAGGGGGCCAGCCAGAGGCCUUCCAAAGGAAAGUUACUUCAAACUUUGUAGUAACAGCUACCAGCAUCUGUUGUGCAGUCUCCAGCUUUUACCAGGGAGCACCUCUUUAAUUCGCCGGUAAGCCUGAGUGGAAAGCAUUCUCACGGCCACCUCAGAAAUGAGAGAUUUGUCUAGGGUCCUGCAAAUGACACAUGGUACUCAACCCAGAAAGCUCCAUUCUCAGCUAAGCUGGUGCCUCUGUCAUCCUUCUGUUCUCCCUCCACUUAGUCAUCAGGAUAGUUCUCAAUUCCCCUGUUUUAGAAAAGUUCCCAAGGAUAGUAGUGAUGGGGGUGAGGGAGAGUGGUAAGACCAAAGCUUCUCCAGUUUCCAAGACCUUCCUUUAUUUCCUGAGAUGAAUAAAUAAGGGGUGAGUACAGAACAGGAGCUGGCAGCAUGCACCUGGCAAGAGGGCCGUGGGUGCUCCUCCCCUGUGAGGACCCCUGCAUCCUAGGCAGAGGCCAAAGCUCACUAGCAACCUCCCUAAGGAGACAUUUUAUUUUUAAAUCUACACUCUCUGUGAGGCCUGCCCAG